GUGUGGAGGAAGAGACAGCCCUGUAUCUGGAUGCUACUCCCGCAAUGCAGUUCCGAUACUCCUGUGCACAGAACUACAUAGAGUGCCUCACCGCCAACUCAAGCCUCAGUGGCACUGUGGUGGUGGGCUUCCAAUGGGGACACUCCAUGACCUCGUAUUGGAUGGAGGUGUGGACAGAGAACCUGCGAGGGGAUCUGAGGCACAACCUGAGCCUGCCCCUGGACAGAGGCUACCGGGUGGAGCACCUGGUCUCUGUGCCUAGCCAGCGGGUCUUCGUUGGGGCCUGCGAUGUUCUCUGACCCAACUCAGGGCAUGGCGGUCCUGUACCAGGCCAAUUGCCUGGGCUCUGUGCUGUGUGGCCUGGUGACGGAGAGACAGGCGUCCACGUUUUAUGCGCUCUGCAACUGCGGCAUCAAGAGCUUUGACUUUGUGGGGAAGAAAAAGUACAGGGCUCUCAGGAGCCCUGGUCAGGGUACUCUGCGCUGUGUGUCGCCCGACAGGCUGCAGACGUACCUCUAUACGGGCGACAUGAUUGGAUUUGUGCAGGUGUGGAGCUGGGAUACUAGGAGCCUGCUGCAGGAGUUCAGGGCCCACGCCCGCUCUGUUUCCACGGUCGUCAUGAGGCCCAGCAUCCACACGCUGCUCACCUCCUCCCCGGACGGCUGGGUGAAGGAGUGGAGCUGCAGUGGGGACCUCCUCCUCAAGCUGUUCCUGGAUGGCCCUUGGGGGGUACGCAACCUGUGGCCGCUGGGCAAGCACAGCAUCAUGUGCCACUCCCCUUCGUCAUUCUCCAUCUGGAGGCUCCAGAACCUGUACAGGCUGUUUAAUGGGAUGGGAUACAGCUCCUGAGGCGGGUCGAGAGCAGUCAGGGCCGGGCACAGCUCCUGGCUGUGUCGCAGGAUAGUAUCGCCAGAUUGAUCUCUCUGCCAGCGGGGAGUUGCUACUUCUCUCCUGGCCCCUUCCUCCUCCUGGACCAGGCCCUGGGGUUUGCCUACAACCCUGGUCAGAAGGAACUGUUUGUGGCCAGUGGUAGUCCAGAGGUCCUUGUGAUAGACAUGGCUGUGUGCCCUUGCACAGCUAGGCGGAUCAUCCGGACCUCCAGGGACCAGGACCUGGAUGACAGUGUGAUGUGCCUGGAGGCGGUGAUGGUGGGUGGGGUGGAGUGGGCCGGGGUCAGCGCCCUACCCUGCCUGGUGUUCAGAACUGCACAUAGGUCCUGCUCAGCAUGUUCGAGACCUACGACAUCCCUCCAGAGAUCAUAAAUAACCUCACCUUCUGCCUCCUGAAACAUAUCCAGAAGGGGAACCCCCACUGGAAUCGCCUGGGGGCCAUGAAGAACCUGGAUCAGCUAGAUCACUUCCAGGACAAGUACCUGUACUUGCUGGCGGAGGUUCUCCUAGACCCAGCGAUGGACCUGCGGAAGAUGGCCAAGUACAUCCUGAGCCAGGUCUACGGCAUUGAGAACAAGAUCAGCCUGCUGAAUAGAAUGCAGGCCAAUGAAGACGUAUCCAAGAAGCUCCAUAAACAGCUGGAUAGAAAACUGUGUUGAUGAUCUGGAGCACAAAAGAUCUACAGAUGCUCCCACCAAACCCAUCGGCAGAAGGCUGUCCAGGCGAUAUGUACACAGGGACUCCAGUACAGUUUGCUUUGUUUCCCAGAGUAGUGUCAUUUUGAUACUAAUCAUUUGGGUUAUACCGCCCUUUUCUUCUCUCUCUUCUCAGGGCCCUUCUUGGAGUUCAAAGGACAGGCACUUCAAGCCCAGAGCAAGAUCACAUGUGGACUCCUGACCUCCCUCUUAUGAGGGUAAGGCGGAGGGGGACCCCAACUGGAGGGAGAGCCUGUACAAGCUUGAAUCCCAAUAUGGCUUCCGCUCCCCAAGGGCCAGACCGACCGCUCUUGGCCCUCUGGAUGUCCUGGGGGCUGCCCAUUGCUACCCCUGCACCCUGUCCCCUCUUCAGACCAGGAAGGCCAGCCAGGUGUCCCUGGGCCAGAGGGUGGUGCGGAAGAUCCAGUUGAGGGAGUCGUCGUUGGAGAGGCCCCCCUCCCAGUUCCACCAUGGGCUGCCCCUUCCCUGGCAGCUCAACAGCCACACCAUGGACCCCUCUGGAGAGAGCAUGUAUGGGAGGCUGGAGGUGGACUGGGUGAGGGAGCCAAUGGAGCCCCAGAGAGGGAAGGUGCAGAAAGUGAAGCUUCCCCGAUAAUGUCUAAGUGUCAUCCAUCCUAACCACCAGGGGACAGUGUGGUGCUAAGGUUCCAUUUAGGCAGUGUUAUGUUGUA